UGUAACAGAGCCUCUCUGUCCGGGCGCUGGCCUGCAGCCAGGCCGCGGCGCUGCGAUGUCCAGGAAAACGUGAAGCUGUUUGCUGCGCUUCUAAAACGGAGCUGUAAAAACUCCCGGAAGUUCUGUUUCUGCUGCUGGAGAUUGGGCUGUAAAUCAGCAAAAUCACAGCGUUGGUCCGGUUUGACUGGAGGACUUUAAGUCGAACACCGGAGAUAAAAAAAAAAACAACAAAAACGGACUUUGAUAUUGGAGCGAACAUAUAAAGUGGAGAAGCGCAGAAAGGCGGUUCAGUGAAACCCAGAGCAAAAACCAUGACAACGUGGAAGAUAGUAGGAGCUCUGCUGCUGCUGCUGCCUGCAGUGUUUUGCCAGCGGACCAUCAGAUGGUGCACCGUCUCAGAGCCAGAGCAGAAGAAAUGUCAGGCAAUGAGCCAGGCUUUCUCCAAAGUCUCCGUCCGGCCCUCCAUCAGCUGCAUCAACGGCCCAGCCGUCCAGGGCUGCAUCCAGAAACUACAGAAAAAAGAAGUGGAUGCCUUGUCCUUGUCUGGCACUAACAUCUACAAUGCAAUGAAGACUGCCACCUUCAAGAUGGCUGCCAGUGAAUCAAAGAAUGGUGAUACCAGCUCCUACUACGCCGUUGCUGUGGUGAAGAAGUCUGACUCCGCAAUCAAUGUCAACAACCUGGCGGGGAAACGGAGCUGCCACACCGGGAAGGGCCGAACUGCUGGCUGGAAUAUGCCGCUAGGAUACCUGAUCGACCAGGGCUUCAUGUCCGUAAUGGGCUGCGACAUUUCAAAGGGUGUGGCUAAUUUCUUCAACGCCAGCUGCAUUCCUGGGGCUAACGCGGCUGGUGACCCUGCGUCUCUAUGUCAGCUGUGCAAAGGAGACGGAAAAGGACAGCACAAAUGUGAAAUGAGCGAGCAAGAAAUGUACUACAGCUACGAAGGAGCAUUCAGAUGUUUGGUUGAAGGCGCUGGGCAGGUGGCUUUCACCAAACACACUACUGUUGCAGAGAACACUGACGGUCGGGGUCCGUCGUGGGCCCAAUCCUUGUUGUCGUCGAAUUAUGAGCUGCUGUGCAGAGACGGGACCAGAGCUCCUGCCUCCCAGUGGACUCGGUGCCAUCUGGUUCGCGUCCCGUUUCGUGGCGUCAUGGUUGGCAGUGACAUCACUCCCUCUGUGGUUUUCAACAUGCUAAGUGAAGGCCUGGCAAAGUCAGAUUUCAACAUGUUUUCUUCAGCGGACUACGGUGGGGAAAAUCUUCUGUUCUCUGACUUAACCACCGGGUUUGAAGUGGUCGAGGCGGACGACCCGGUCAGGUGGAUGAGCACCAACUAUUACAACGUCAUGAAAGCCAUGGACUGCACACCUCAAGAUAUUCCCUCUGCCAUUCGAUGGUGUGUUUUGUCGAGCGGAGAGCAGCAGAAAUGUGCUGAUAUGGGCGCCGCCUUUCAGAGCAAAGGUCUCACUCCCACCGUCAGCUGUAUCCACGGCGCCUCCCUGACUGACUGCAUGGCCAAGAUCAAAAACAACAAUGCGGACGCCAUGACGUUGGACGGAGGGUACAUUUACACAGCGGGUAAAGACUACGGCCUGGUUCCCGCUGCCGCCGAGAGUUACACAGGCGAGCGUGAUGGUUCCUCAUACUACGCAGUCGCAGUGGUGAAGAAAAGCAGGACCGACAUCCGUAACCUUGACGACCUGCGUGACGGUCGCUCCUGUCACACCGGCUACGGUCGCACCGCAGGCUGGAAUAUUCCCGCAUCCGCUCUCAUAGAGAGAGGACUGAUCAGCCCGAAAAACUGCCGGAUUCCCCAAGCGGUGGGAGGAUUCUUCGAGAAGAGCUGUGUUCCUGGCGCCAACCAAGACGGUUUCCCCAAGAACCUGUGUGAACUGUGUGUGGGAGACGACUCGCAGCAGAAUAAAUGUGAAAAAGGAAAAGAUCGGUACGAUGGAUACGACGGGGCGUUCAGGUGUCUGGCUAGCGGGGACGGAGACGUAGCUUUUGUCAAGGAUUCCACCGUCUUCCAAAACACAGACGGUCAUUCGACGGAACCCUGGGCUGCAGGUUUGGUGUCCACAGACUUCCAGCUGCUCUGUUCCCAGGGAACCAAAGCCGAGGUCUCCCAGUACCGGCUGUGCAACCUGGCCAGAGUUCCCUCUCACGCCGUCAUGGUGCGCCCAGAAACCAACAUCCACGCCAUCUACGGACUGCUGGACCGCGCACAGACCCACUUCAGCAGUGACACCGGUUCUGGUUUCAAGAUGUUCGACUCUCAGGGCUACGAGGGCACAGACCUGAUUUUCAAAGACUCCACUGUUCGCAUCGUCGGUGUUGGCGACAAAAAGACGUACCAGGAGUGGCUGGGUCAGGAUUACAUGAACUCACUGGAGGACAUGGAGUGCAGCUCCUCAAACACAGCCGUCUCCUCUGCGUUGCUGCUGCUGGUUGCGUUGCUCAGCCUCAUGUUGACCAACGUCUGGAUGUAACACAGCGACUCCAGAUUCACCUCUAGACUUGUUUCUUCUUCACACACAUUAUCCCACACUGUCAAUCGCCUCUUCAUCACUUCUCUUUUUCUUUCGCUGCUUUUUAACUCGUUUGAUUGCGGUCUAGUUAAAUCAGUUUGUAGCUUCAGGCUAGUUGCUUUCUAGAAACCCAAUCCAGUUUGUUUGUGUGUUAAUCUACAAUCUGGGGAUAAAAGAGCUGAUUGGAGCAAUAAAGAGAAACGGAGCA